AUAUAUACAUCUCUCGUGCCAGAAGCAGAGAUCGAAAAUCAUUUCCUUUCGAGUAUAAGCCAUGGCUGUACGUGCCGCACAUGUGCUUCUCAUUGCAGCUCUCGUGGUUAUGGCCUCGAUCUGCACGGCAGAUGCCUUGAAAACCAAACGUAUCCGUAUCCAAUUCUACAUGCACGAUAUCGUCGGCGGCCCGAACCCGACCGCCGUCAGGGUUGCCGGCCGGCUGACCAACUAUACAGGUUCGGACCCAAUUGCAGCCAUGUUUGGGUCUGUUUCCGUUAUGGACAACCCUCUGACAGUCACACCGGACCCGAAUUCAACCGUGAUGGGACGCGCACAAGGGAUCUAUGCUGCGUCCUCACAGCACAGAGAGUUCAGCCUUCUCAUGACGCUCACAUAUGUGUUCAACAGUGGACCGUACAACGGCAGCUCGUUUAGCGUGGUUGGCCGGAAUCCGGUGAUGAGUGAGGUCAGAGAAAUGCCAGUUGUUGGAGGCACAGGGAUUUUCCGGCUUGCUCGUGGGUAUUGCUUUGCUAGGACUUACUCUCUGGACCAGAUGGAUGCAAUUAUUGGAUACAAUGUGACACUUUAUACAAUACCAAAAUCCCAUAAUCAUUAUGGCUAAUAAUGGAGAGUUGAAUCUGAUCGAUAAUUUUGUAUCUCUAAUUAAAAUUAUUAUGAAUUAUAAAUUCUAGAAUAUGUAAGUACAUGUUCAUUUCUUUUAUAAUUAAGAGGUGAAUUGCUAUAAUUUCUGUAUUUGGUUUAGCAAGUCUUUUUUUUUUUUUUAAAUUUAGGGGAGGGGGUUUCGAACUCCAGACCUUUAUUUUGAAAUUUGGAGAUUUUGUCAAUUAGGCCAUAGGCCUUUGGCGGUUGUGCAAGCCUUGUAGUUACCAGCUUGUGUUUUCUAUUUUAGUAGAGAAUAAUAAGAUCAGAAUUUAGAGCUA